AUGGUAAAUGAAAGUAAAAACAAUGACGAUAUGGAUUCGAAAAUAAAACAACCGGAAGAUGACGGCGAUUUCAAAGGUUGGGGAUAUAGACACCAACAAUGUCUUAUUCUCUUCUUCGCUCUUACAACUGCAUACAGCAUGCGAGCAUGUAUGGGUGUUGCUUUGGUGGCUAUGGUUGAUACAAAUUUUCCAGAAUUUACAAUAGAAGAAAACCAUAUAGCUAACAAUAGUAUUUUUGGACAAGAUAUAGCUAAUAUUACUAAUGACUCUCAUGGUGAUGGAUUUUUACAUUCACUUCUUUUUAUUCCGCCAGCCAUUCAAGGCCUCACUCAAGCUUGCAUUAUACCAGGAAUGCAUACAAUGUUUGGAAAAUGGACUCCAUUAGAGGAGAGGGGAAGGUUGGCGGGUUGGGCUUAUGGAGGUCAGGCGUUAGGAGCAGUUUUAGGACUUCCCAUAACUGGUUUUGUGGCCUCUUCUCCACUUGGAUGGCCAGGGAUCUUUCGCUUCUAUGGAAUACUAACAGGGAUUAUUGGUGCCGUUAUGUUGAAAUAUGGUGUUGAUAGUCCAGCCAAACAUCCAAAAAUAUCUUCAGCAGAGAGACGAUACAUUGAAGAAAGAUUAGGAAAUGAUAAUCAGAGCGCAGGGAAGAAAAAUCCAAUACCGUGGUCUUCUAUACUAACUUGUCCUGGGAUGUAUGCAAUUAUUAUAGCACAUAUUGGUCAAACUUGGGGUCAGCUAACUCUUUAUUCAGAAGUGCCAGCGUUCAUGGACAAAGUAGUUGGAGUUAAUAUAAAAGCUAUAAACCACAUUGAUAUCUCCCCAAACUUUUCGGGGACUAUGAUGAGUAUCAGCAACUUUGCGUCUAAUUUGGUUGGAUCUUGUGCUCCUUUAGUUGCAGCUUAUAUUCUUACUGAUGUGACAGACGAAUACUUAUGGAGGAAAGUGUUUUUUGUAGCUGCUGGUUUAUACUUCUUCACCAACGUCAUUUAUUUAAUUUUUGGCACCGCUGAGAGGGCUGAGUGGGACAACAACAAGAAAAUGAGUAUUGACUAUGAAUUAGAAGUGAUGGCUUUUGACUGGAGUAUGCAAACACAAAGUGUAAUACUAUCAUCAUUCCUAUGGGGUUAUAUAAUUCUGCAAGUACCAGCCGGUGAGCUGGCUGCUAGGUUUGGAGGAAUGAUUUUAAUAACCAUAUCUGUUGGCAUUAACGCUGCACUCUCACUUCUGACGCCUUUAGCAGCUACUUAUGGUGGAUGGCAGCUUCUUUGUGCUUGUCGAGUGCUGCAAGGAUUGUCUCAAGGGUUUAUUUUUCCUUCCAUUCACACUCUUAUCGGCAAGUGGGUUCCAUUAGAGGAAAGAAGCCGACUCUCUACUAUUAUAUUUGGAGGCACCCAGUUGGGAACAGCAUUUCAACUUAUAGUAUCUGGCUUUGUUGCUGAUUACUGGGGAUGGCCUGCGAUUUUCUAUGUUAAUGGGGGCCUUGGAGCGAUUUGGGUCGCUUUUUAUGUUUGUCUUGGCUCUGAUUCUCCUAGAAAUUCAAAAAUAAUUGGGGUCAAUGAACGUCUGUAUAUUCAGAGCUCAUUGGGUCAUGUUGGCAGUGCGCAAAAGAAAAUGCCGACUCCCUGGAAAGCGAUCUUCACAUCUCUGCCUUUUAUUUCGCUUAUCUUAACACAUUGUGGACAAAAUUGGGGCUUCUGGACCCUAAUGACUGAGAUACCCUCUUACAUGAAACAAGUUUUGGGCGUAGACAUUAAAGCGAAUGGACUAAUGUCUGCCUUGCCAUAUAUUGCGAUGUACUUAUUGAGCUUCCCGAUGGCUUUUCUCUCCGAUUUUGUCAUAAAGAAGAAAUGGCUCAGUAUAACAACCAGCAGAAAAAUCUUCAACUCUAUAGGUCUAUAUGGUCCUGCCCUGGCUCUGAUUGGUCUCUCCUACGUCCCGGCUGGCGACGUGACCUUGGCUGUUCUAACAUUGACUAUAGUCGUGGCGCUGAAUGCCGGUCACUUUACUGGGUUUUUGUUGGCCCACAUAGACAUGGCUCCAAAUUUUGCUGGUACAUUGAUGGGUAUCACCAACAGUAUUUCGAACGCAAUAUCUAUUGUGGCUCCUCUUGUGGCUGGAGCUAUUAUCAGCGAUGAGAAUAAUCCGAGCGAAUGGCGAAAAGUAUUCUAUCUAUCAUCAGCUAUUUACAUCAUCGGAAACACAAUUUUUAAUAUUUUCGGAUCAUGUGAGGAACAAACGUGGAAUAAAGUUGAAGAAACAAAAACUGAGGAGAAAACUAGAAUAUGA